AUGCCGGGGAAGGACUCCGUCAAAGUGGCCGUCCGGGUCCGGCCUUUCAACAAGAGGGAGAGGGACGCCGGAAGUCAGUGCGUCAUCACCAUGAGCUCCACCACCACCACCAUCCAGGACCCCCGCAACCAGCAGUCGCCCCGCACCUUCACCUUCGACUACGCCUACUGGUCUCACAGCGGCUUCACCAGGAGCAAGGACGGCCUCUACGUCCCCGAGGAGCCAGCCAGCCGCUACGCUGACCAGGGCCACGUGUUUCUGGAUCUGGGGCAGGGUAUCCUCGAUAACGCCCUGCAGGGGUACAACGCCACCCUGCUGGCGUACGGACAGACAGGCUCAGGGAAGAGCUACUCUAUGGUGGGGUACGGACCAAACAAAGGCCUGGUGCCCACCCUCUGUGAGAGGCUGUUCCAGGCAUUGAGAACCAAUCAGGACAGUCGACAGUGCCAGAUCUUUUUCAGCAUGUUGGAAAUCUACAAUGAACAGGUGAUCGACCUGCUGUCCCGGGGGUCCGGCUCACACCCCCCGGGGGGGCUGAAGGUUCGGGAGGAGCAGCAGCGGGGGUUCUACGUGGAGGGUCUGAGGAGGGUGCCCUGCGAGAGCUCGGCCCAGGUGGCUCAGCUGAUGGAGCAGGGCACCCGCACCCGCACCACGGCCUCCACCCACAUGAACGCCAGCAGCAGCCGCUCUCACAUGCUCAUCGUCCUGCAGCUCAAGCAGAUCUUCUCCAAAGAGAACAUCACCAAGCAGUCCAACAUUAACCUGGUGGACCUGGCGGGCAGUGAGAGGCAGAGGUCGCUGGGGUCAGAGGCUGACCGGCUGAAGGAGGGAACCGCUAUCAACCUCAGCCUGACCACGCUGGGAAACGUCAUCAGCUCGCUGGCGGACGUGGCCCUGGGGAAGAGGGUGGUUCACAUCCCGUACCGAUACUCCGUCCUCACCAAGCUGCUGCAGUCUGCUCUGGGGGGGAACAGCCGCACCAUCAUGAUCGCAACUCUGAGCCCCGCGGAUAUCUGCUAUGAGGAGUCUAUGUCGACCCUGCGCUUUGCAGAGAGGGCCAAGCGCAUCCAGAACCGGGCGGUGGUGAACGAGGGCCCCACGGAGAGGCUGGUGAAGGAGCUGAAGGCCGAGAACGCCAAGCUGCUGCUUCGGCUGAGCAGGCUGGGCCAGGAGGGCCGCCAGGGGGAGGACGAGACCAAGGAGCUGAGACGGUUGCUCACCCACAACGAGUUGCAGAUUCGGGCUAUCCAGACCCUUUGGGAACAGCACCUGCAAGAAGCACUGAAGGAUUUGGAACAGCAAUAUGCCACUAUUACACAGGAGCGGAGGAUGAUGGACAUGCACCCGUACAUCCUGAAUGUGAAUGAGGAUCCUCAGCUCUCCGGGGUGGUGAAGCUCUUCAUUCAGGAGGGUGAAUGGGACAUAGGGCUGUCAGACACCUCACCAAAGGCAAUUGCAAUCAAAGGACUUGGCAUUCAGGAGAAACACGCGGUGUUCACCAACCGAGAGCGCCGGGUCUGCCUCAGUCCUGAGCCUGGGUCAAAGGUCACAGUAAACGGAAGACCUGUCUCCCAGAGGACCCACCUGCAGCACCUGGAUCGCCUGAUCCUGGGAUCCAACAGCACCUACCUGUUCAUCGGCUUCCCUUCUGACCGGGGCGGGGAGGACUGGAGUCGCUAUGACUACGACUACUUCCAGUCAGAGCUGGCAGCUGCCGAGGGUUUCCACGUGCACUCGCUCUCACUCUCACCUCCUGCAGGUGACAACAGUGCAAUGCAGAGCCAAGCUGACCCCAGCUUGCUGGCUGUGUUCUACGACUACAUCAAAUUCAUGCCGAUGGUGGCAGAGGCCAAUCAGAUGAGCCAGGAACUCCACAAAGGAGUACAGUUCAAGUUGGAGAUAAAGAACCUUGCAAUAUCUGAUUCCAAAGGUCAUGACCUGGAGAAGGAGGUGGCAAUCAGGGUUACGGCACAGGAGAAUAAGCAGGUUUGGGCGUGGUCCAAAGCCAAGUUCAUCAACCGCAAGUUCCUGAUGGAGGAGCUUUACCAGGAGUGGGUGGACAAAGGGGAGGGGGGCAGCCGUUCCCCCCUUCCCCGAGAAAGGGACCCGUUCUGGGACCCUCUGGAGCCCAUCCACCUGGGCAGCGCCCACCUGUGGCUACAGUCCCUGGCCUUUCUGAUCCCCCUGGAGGAGCAGGUGGAGGUGCUGGGGUCAGAAGGCACGGAAGAGGCCAUACUGCAGACCCAACUGGUACCCUGCAACCCAGCUGGAUUGCCCCUGGGAGAGGAGGACAUCCUUAUCGACCCCACAGAGCUGCUGGGGAAGAGGCUGGACUUCACUCUGGUGGUGGAGCAGUGCUGCGGCCUCCGCUGGCUCAGAGAUGCCCGGGACCGGGGGGUGCAGAUUGGGUUCCGUAUGUACGAGAGCCCCACAACCUUUUACACUCCGGCAGUCUGGCAUGACACCAACCCGCAGCUUGACCACAGCAUGCGCUUCACCAUGACGACCGUCACCCAGGAUUUCCUCGGCUACCUGCAGACCAACGCACUGGUGCUGGAGCUAUGGGGGCUUCAGGCUGGUUGUGCGGAAAUGAGCUCCUCAUUGGAGAACGUGAAGAUGACAUCAGAGGGAAGCGUCGUCAUUGGUGACACCGGUUCUCUGGAGCCCGCAAGCCUGGUCUCAGACCUGACCUCCACUGUCAGAGCCCUGCAGCUGGACCUGGAUCAGCUGAGGAAGACUAACUCUGCCCUGAGGAAGGAGAACAGCACACUGAGAGACCAGCUCAACACCCCCACCAGGGAGGGUCCAGAGGCCAAUCGGGGCCGGCCAGAGAGGCGGGGCAGCGUGAGAGCCAGCUGUGAUGCAGAGUUUGCCAGGGCGCUCAAGGUCUUCUACCACAGCAUGAACUCGGUCCGGGGCCAGCUGCAGCGGCUGCGCAGACACAAGCCCAGCGAGGAAGUGGACCUCUCAGGCCUGAGGCUGUUCGUGGAGGAACAGGGCUGCCUGCUGCGGGAUUUCGGGGAGCAGCUGGAGCAGAGCGUCACCACGCUCAAACAAGACGUGGCCGCCAUCGUCCGGAGGAAGCGAGAGCGGUCGGGGAUUUGGUCCUGACCCCUGUGCUACGCUCAGGGGCGGGGGGUUAACUCAGGCACGAUACCGCGCUCUCCCUACACCUCUCUAUAGUGGUAAUGACCAGACCUGGGUCAAAUAUGUAAAUAUGUAAUCGUUUCAAAGUGGAUUCAAAUACUUUUAUACGCUUUAAUGAGCUGUUUUGGAACCUAUGAAAUAUACUUAGAAAGUGCAAACCCCACCUUCUGGUCCACUUGGUUACCUCAACUGCACCAGGCAAGAUCACUUGAGCACAGAAAAGUAUUUGAGUGCAAAACGAUUACGUAUUUGACCAAGGUUUGGCAAUUGCUGUCCUGGCUUCCAGCUGUGUGCCUCUACGAGCUUCAGUUGUUCACACCUCCAGUUUUUAUUUUCAUAACCCUGAUUUUCAGAACAGCACAGACAAGCCUGCGGUGCGAGUGGUUUGUCGGUGCCACUCUUUUCCUCUCCAGCAGCUGAGCGGUGCAGUUUUUGAACUGGAACACACUUCCUGUGCAGCUGGUGCAGGACUCCAACAUGGAGCGGUCAUGCAACGGAACGGAGAUGACGGAAACUUGAGGUCCUGGAGUGACACCACCAGUAUCCGAGACACAUCCUCACACUGGAACAGCCUCAGCAGGCCUCUCGCCAGGCUGUGCAGUGACAUUUUAAUUUCCACCAUUUUGUUUCCUCCAUCAUGCUUCUUCCAUUACAGCGGUGGUGUGGAAUUCCAGUCAUUCCCACCUAUUACCCUGGCUAAAGUGGCUAAUUGGCUAUACACACAGACACUGCUUCACACAGAUUAGAUCACAGUAAAACACUUCAUAUAGGGACACAAGAACAGCCUUUGGCUGUUAAUCAUGCGCUAAUCAAGAAAUUGACUUAAAAUGUGAGAUGGUGUACAUGUUCAGGCUAGUUAAGUAGGUAAGGCCAUGAUUUGGCAUGAAAACCAGAAAUUGAUACUGCCCUCUUUGUGCAACUCUGCUACAGUAUAUGAUCCAUUUUGCUUUUAUUGUAGUAUAUGUUUUUCUGUGUUAAAAGUUUUACCUUAUUUUAUGGUCUUCUAUUUGAAACAACUUUUUAGCACCUGGUUAAUAGCGCUAUAUAACAGACUAUUAUUGUUGUCCGUAAAUUGUGCAAAGUUAUUUAAAGUUACUCCAUUACAUAGCACUAGUCUAUUGCCUAAAACAAUAUUAGGGCAAUGUCCAGGGGGUGUGAUUUCCCCUUCCCUCAAAAUAUACAACCAGCAAACUACCCUAUUUUCAUGGCCAGACAUUGGGUCAGGGCAUGCCCUCACAGGGCACUGACUCAGAAAAGAAAACACAUUUCUGGCUAGAUAACAUUAUAUAAUAACCUUUUAAGAUCUGGCAAUUUAAUUGUGUCCCCUGUAUGGGGGACAAAAAUGGUCUUAAGCUCAAAAAUAAAAUGGUGUUAUCUUUGAACAUUGUCAACCCUUGUUUUACCAACAAAAAACAUUUUUCUGCCAGAUCUCAGGAGGAUAAAGUAAAAAAAAAUACUUUGUAGACUGACAUUAUGCCUCUAGGUGUAUGUGUGAAUAUUCCCGGAUGAUUCUUUUAAAAAAUCAACUAUGAUUUUUUUUUUUUCUUUUCAGUGGGUAUCAUUUCCUCUGGCACACAAGACAAGGAAAGAGGCACCAGCAUGACAUAAUAACUGACAUUUACAUUUAUAAUUGUGAAGGAAUGCAAUAAAUUUAAUCCAUGCAUCAAUGCGUUACAUACAUCUUUCUAUCAAACCAGUUUUACUGCAGUGUAAUUAAUAAAACAUGUUUC